AAACAAAAAAAUGAGACCCUGUGGCUUGAGAUAGUCUUGCGGACACGAGCUUGCCAUAGGAUAAGCCGAAUGAGACCCGCUGUACAACUCCACCACAGCCUGGUGACUCUAGACAUGGUGGCAGGGCCAAGGCUCCAGGAAGGAUUGAACCAAACAGGCCAGAUGAAUCAAAAUCAUUCUCAUUUCUUUCAUCGUCUUCGCAGCCAUCAUGCGACUUCAGCUGCUUCUACAGCGUGUGCUUAAACAACCUGCAGCCCGAGUUUUACUCGCCAGUGUUUUCCUCUACCUCCUCGCCUUUCAAUACUGUCGUCUUCGUUUUUGGCGCGAUCCCCACUCCGCUUUUUUUGACAGCCGCACGGUUUAUGACUGGAAAUAUAGCCUGUUUCGAGAACACCAAGCCAAGCAUUUCAUUUCCAUCUACAAUGCCCCAUCUGAUCCCCCGCCUGUCACGGUAGGCGAAUCGCAUCCUCUACUAUGUGCUGCCGUGACAACUGUAAAGCGUGAUACGGAUGAUUACUUUGAUGCUGCGGUGGGUUCGCUGCUGGAGGACCUCGAUCCCCGAGAGAGACGGGCGUUGCAUUUGAAUGUUUUAUUCGCCGAUACGGAUCCUUCACGACAUCCAAGCUGGGAGCAGAGAUGGGUGGGCCGGUUGGCUGACUCGGCUGGUUCGUAUAAUGUGUCUGACGAGACGAUGGAGCAUUUGAAAGAGUUGGAAGGGAAACGGAACUUUUACGAAAAGGGCGUGUUUGACUACAACUACAUGCUCGAAGACUGUCUCGCCACCAACGCUCCCUAUAUCGCGAUUUUCGAAGACGACAUCAUCCUCGCCGACGGAUGGCUGAUCAAAACCCUCAACGGCCUCACCGAGAUAACCCGCAAAUCACCCCAAAACGCCGACUGGCUCUACCUCCGCCUCUUCUAUACUGAAACCUCGUUGAGCUGGACCUCCUCCGACUUUUGGUAUCGCAAUAUGCCUCUCGCCUUUGCCCUCGUCAUUACUGCCGGUCUUGCAGCUCUUCUCACAAUCCGUCGGUAUCACCCUGGCGCCCGAGCCUCUUAUCUCGACUAUCCAUCCAUCGCGGUGAUAUGCUUCAUCACACUCCCUGCGUUUACGGGAUUGGUGUACAUGAUGGGAAAAUACAACAUCCAACCACUCCAGGGCGUGGUGGAGAUGAAUGCGUACGGAUGCUGCACGCAGGGUCUUGUCUUCCCCCGUGAACAAGUCCCAGGAUUGAUGGCUUAUCUACACAAACGCGGAGCCGGACAGACGGAUAGCAUGAUUGAAGAAUAUGCCGGUGAGACAGGAUUAACGCGGUAUGCGCUGGCACCGCAACAAAUGCAGCAUGUAGGCUUGCGGUCGAGCCGUGAUAACACUGCCCUCAACACGCAGAGUACAUGGGCGUUUUGGUUUGAAGAAAGUGACCCUGCAGUAUUGGCCAAAGAACACGAGAAGCUACUAAAAGAGGGAAGCUUGGUUUAAUGAUUCAUAUACCCAUAUACUCAUUUCUAUCUAAGACCAUCUAAGAACAAUACUAUAUUAAUACCAAAAAAGCAUCUAUCCAUAAAUCAUGCCAAAGCCUUAUUCUCCUUCAAGAACACCUUCAAGUCCUUCAAUCCCUCCAACCCCUUCGCAGACUCUU